AUGUUGAACUCGAUCACCUACGGCUCUUCCCUUCUCUGCCUCUUGCUUUCUAUUGCAAAGCCCAUUCAUGCCUUAGACGGAGGCAUUGAGGCUCCUACCAACGCAGCACCCUAUGCUGCAGCGCUUCUGUCUUCGGACGGCGAUUUUCAUAAAUGCGGCGGUGUCCUCAUUACCCCCCAAACCAUUCUGACGGCGGCCUCCUGUGUCCAGAAUGAAACCAGUAGCUCCCUGAAAGCUCGGGUUGGUAGUAGCGACCGCACCACCAGUGGAACCGUGGUGAACUUGGACGAGAUCAUCCAGCAUCCUCAAUACAGCACCAAGACUCGGGACUAUGAUUUGGCCCUUCUAAGCCUGCGCGAGGCCGCGCCUGAUAACGUCCCGCUCGCGGUCAUCGGUGACUUCUCUGCUGCUAUUGGUUCCGGUGUGACCAUGUAUGGCUGGGGUCUGACCAACUACAGCGACACAGAAUUCCCUAAGAAGCUGCAACAGCUGCCCGCCGUGGGAAUCACUGCCGAGUGGUGCGCUGACGAGUGGAAAAAUAUACACGCCAUCUCGAACCGGAUGGUUUGUGAUUGGCCGCCAACGGAGAAAGCUGCCUGGGAAGGCGACAAGGGAGGACCGGUUGUGAACGUCCUCGAUGGCAGCGUCGUGGGGCUCAUCAGCUUCAGUAUCUAUGACACGAAUCUGAAGAAAGCCGUUCCCGAUGUGCAUACCAACCUGACCUACUUCAAGAACUGGAUCAUGGAUAAUGCUAUCUAA